CUGAGCAUUGUUUAGUGAUCUCCAUAACUUUGCAAGGCAUCAAGGUAAUGAAUCAGUGCAAGCAAACAAUAGGAAGUGCAAUUUUGAGAAGUGAGAAGUUGUGAAAAUUAAACAUGGCUCAAGAGGAAGAGCUAGAUUUGUCAACCUUCUUGGGUGAUUCUCUUAGCCUUCAGUACAACAUUACAGCUCCUGCUAGGUAUAUCAAAGCUCCAAAGGAAAAAGACUACUAUGAGAAACUUGCUUUAAAAGAUCCCUUAGAAUUAUUAGGAGAGAGAGACUUCCAGAAAUGCGAGAGAGUAGAGAGUGCAGUAGGCACUCCUAUCCAGGAGUUCUACCGAGGAGCGAAUGUGCUCAUCACAGGAGCAACAGGAUUUGUAGGCAAGAUUUUGACAGAGAAACUGAUCAGAUGUGUACCCAACAUCGGCCAUAUUUACAUCUUGAUUCGAGGGAAGAAAGGGAAAACUCCAAAAGAGCGAUUUAAAGAUUUGCUAGAAGAUAAGGUGUUCCGUCGCAUGAAGGCUGAGGUGCCGGACUACGCCUCCAGACUGACAGCUGUUGAAGGAGACAUCGGCACUCCCGACCUAGGGCUGAGCCCUGAGGACCACCACCUCCUCUGUGAUGUCGUCAACAUUGUGUUCCACAGCGCCGCGGACGUCCGCUUCAUCGAGCCUCUCAAGACAGCCAUCAACUCCAACGUCCUGGGCAGCCGUCGUGUCCUGGAGCUGGCCAAGGGGAUGAAGAACCUCAGGUCCUACUUACAUGUUUCCACGGCUUACAGCUUCUGUGUGAGAAAGGUAGUGGAGGAAAAUAUCCCAGUCUUGAGUGUAAACUACAAAGAGGUGCUCGAAUACAUUGAGUCGAAAAGUGACGAAGAGCUCAAAGAGGAAACACCUAGAUUGAUGCAAGGCUGGCCCAACACCUACACAUUCAGCAAAGCAGUUUGUGAGGAAAUGAUGAGAGAAGAGGCAAAGGAUCUUCCUGCUUGUGUCUUCAGGCCAUCUGUUGUUAUCUCAACAUACCUUGAGCCUGUGAGAGGAUACACGGACAACCUUUACGGACCAACCGGACUCAUGGUAGGGGUCGGCCAUGGGAUUAUUCACUGCUUCCAUUUAGACGAGGACUUGACCUUGGAUGUGGUUCCAGUGGACUAUGUGGUCAACUGUAUGAUUGCAGCUGCUUGGAACACAGCGAACCAGAAGAACAGAAACACCGAUUGCCCCAAAGUUUUUAACUUCACCUCAACAUCAAUGGUGUCUGGCUACGUUUGGAAAAGCGUUGCUGAAUAUUUCAUCAAUCUUAGAGACACCUUUCCCUUCAAUCGGUCGGUUUGGUACACUUCGUUCUUCUACACUAGGAACAACGAACUCAGUGACAUCCUCUUCUAUCUUUUACACACAGUACCGGCAAGAAUAUUUGACAAAGCAGCUGAACUUACUGGGGGAAAUCCAGGGCUUUCAAAGAUAUACAAAAAGAUAGAAAGUUUGAAGGGGCAAACUGAUUACUUCGCUUUUCAACAAUGGGAUUUCAAAAACGCCAAUGUUGUGGAGUUGUGGGAAUCUUUGAGUGAAGAAGACAAGAGGGUUUUCUUCUUUGACGUGAGGGACAUCGACUACAAGGAGCACUUCGUUAUCAUUAAACUUGGGAUUAUAUAUUAUUAUUUCAAAGACAAUUUGGACAGUUUGCCUGCUGCUGUGCGGAAAAAUAAUUGGUUGUACUGGAUCCACAACUCUGUCAAACUUACAUGUUCUUUGUUGGCUCUCAAACUACUUGUCAUUACUGCAAGAGCCCUGCCUUUCUAAACAGACGUUCAACUCUUCAGAUUUCUGAAUCAUCAUCUUUACUAUUUUUAAACUAAACAGAGGAGAUUAUUACCCUCAGGAACACAAGCUAAAAAGAUCUGAAAAGUUAUUUAAUGUCUUUUGUUGAAUUACUGAUUGACCACUAAACAAAAUUACAUUAUUUUAGUCCACAUGGAAAAAUUCUAUUUCAGAACAAUUUCAAAUUUGGCUAAAACUUCCAAACAUUAUCUGCAGUUAAAUGUGUGUGCAUCACAAUUCACAAAUCAUUAGCUUCAGUUUAAUUUAUUGUAAAUAUUUUGUAUGUAUUUAGAAUGUUAUGUGUGACAUAAUGUAUUUAAAACACAAAACAUUAAAA